AUGGUUUUUGUGGAGGUUGGAUGGUAUGAUGAGCUGGAAAAACGGGUCAAACAUCAGCAAAAAUUCAUGGAAAAAAUGAAAUUGGUGAGAGCGGAUCAGGAAAAUGAAAGGGAUUUGAGAGGUUUGGAUUCGGCGCUGAAGAAAACGACCUCGUUUAUUAAGAAGAUCAAGAAUUUGACAUCGGCCACGAUUCCGGCGAUUAUUGAAGAUUUGAACAAAUUGAACUUGUCGAAAUUUGUUGAGGAAAUGGCGUCGGGAAUCACCGAAACCAAAUUGAAAUUAUCGGAUAUUCCGAAGGUUUCGGAACUUUGUGUGGAGAUUUCGGCGAGGUAUUCGAGGUUUAGUGAAGCGCUGGUUGGAGAAUUUAAGAAGAUGUUGCCGUUGAAAAAAUCGGAUAAGAUUUCGAAUGCGGCGAAGUUGAAAAUUGAUAUUUUGUGAGUUUUUUUUAAGGAUUUUUAUGAAAAAACCAUAUUUUUGAAGAUUUUUGGGAAUUUAGAAGGUUUCCUUGAGGAUUUUCAUGAAAAAAUCCUAUUUUUUAAGGAUUUUCAUUAAAAAACCCUAUUUUUUGAGGAUUUUCAUGAAAAAACCCUAUUUUUUACGGAUUUUCAUGAAAAAACCAUAUUUUUUAAGGAUUUUCAUGAAAAAACCCUAUUUUUUAAGGAUUUUCAUGAAAAAACCCUAUUUUUUAAGGAUUUUCAUGAAAAAACCCUAUUUUUUAAGGAUUUUCAUGAAAAAACCCUAUUUUUUAAGAAUUUUCAUGAAAAAACCCUAUUUUUUAAGGAUUUUCAUGUAAAAACCCUAUUUUUUAAGGAUUUUCAUGUAAAAACCCUAUUUUUUAAGGAUUUUCAUUAAAAAACCAUAUUUUUAAGGAUUUUCAUGAAAAAAACCCUAUUUUUUAAGGAUUUUCAUGAAAAAACCCUAUUUUUUAAGGAUUUUCAUGAAAAAACCCUAUUUUUUAAGGAUUUUCAUGAAAAAACCCUAUUUUUUAAGGAUUUUCAUGAAAAAACCCUAUUUUUUAAGGAUUUUCAUGAAAAAACCCUAUUUUUUAAGGAUUUUCAUGAAAAAACCCUAUUUUUAAGGAUUUUCAUGAAAAAACCCUAUUUUUUAAGGAUUUUCAUGAAAAAAACAUGUAAAAACCUAUUUUUAAGGAUUUUCCUGGAAAAACCCUAUUUCUUAAGGAUUUUCAUGAAAAAACCUUAUUUUUUAAGGAUUUUCAUGAAAAAACCCCUAUUUUUAAGGAUUUUCAUGAAAAAACCCUAUUUUUUAAGGAUUUUCAUGAAAAAACCCUAUUUUUUAAGGAUUUUCAUGAAAAAACCCUAUUUUUUAAGGAUUUUCAUGAAAAAACCCUAUUUUUAAAGAAUUUUCAUGAAAAAACCCUAUUUUUUAAGGAUUUUCAUGAAAAAACCCUAUUUUUUAAGGAUUUUCAUGAAAAAACCCUAUUUUUUAAGGAUUUUCAUGAAAAAACCCUAUUUUUUAAGGAUUUUCAUGAAAAAACCCUAUUUUUAAGGAUUUUCAUGAAAAAACCCUAUUUUUUAAGGAUUUUCAUGAAAAAACCCUAUUUUUUAAGGAUUUUCAUGAAAAAACCCUAUUUUUUAAGGAUUUUCAUGAAAAAACCCUAUUUUUUAAGGAUUUUCAUGAAAAAACCCUAUUUUUUAAGGAUUUUCAUGAAAAAACCCUAUUUUUUAAGGAUUUUCAUGAAAAAACCCUAUUUUUUAAGGAUUUUCAUGAAAAAACCCUAUUUUUUAAGGAUUUUCAUGAAAAAACCCUAUUUUUUAAGGAUUUUCAUGAAAAAACCCUAUUUUUUAAGGAUUUUCAUGAAAAAACCCUAUUUUUUAAGGAUUUUCAUGAAAAAACCCUAUUUUUUAAGGAUUUUCAUGAAAAAACCCUAUUUUUUAAGGAUUUUCAUGAAAAAAACCUAUUUUUUUAAGGAUUUUCAUGAAAAAACCCUAUUUUUUAAGGAUUUUCAUGAAAAAACCCUAUUUUUUAAGGAUUUUCAUGAAAAAACCCUAUUUUUUAAGAAUUUUCAUGAAAAAACCCUAUUUUUUAAGAAUUUUCAUGAAAAAACCCUAUUUUUUAAGGAUUUUCAUGAAAAAACCCUAUUUUUUAAGGAUUUUCAUGAAAAAAACCUAUUUUUUAAGGAUUUUCAUGAAAAAACCAUAUUUUUUAAGGAUUUUCAUGAAAAAAACAUAUUUUUAAGGAUUUUCAUGAAAAAAACAUAUUUUUAAGGAUUUUCAUGAAAAAACCCUAUUUUCUAAGGAUUUUCAUGAAAAAACCAUAUUUUUUAAGGAUUUUCAUGAAAAAACCAUAUUUUCAAGUUUUGCCACGUCAUAACUCAUAUUAAUAAAAAUUUGCAAAAGUCAAAAACCACUAAAAAAAAUAUUUUCCGUUGAAAAAUUGAUAGAAAUUUUGAAACAUGAGCAAUUCUACAAAAAUUGCGGGAAAAAAUUUGUUUUUCGAAUUUUAUUUGUGAAAUUUUGGCUGAAAACCGUGCUGAAAACCUUCGUCAAAAAACCAACAAAUUAGAAUUGGCCAGAUUAAAGGAACAUACCGUAUCCACCUGCACAUCUAACUGAACAUUUUGUCCGAUUUCUAGUCAGAAAUCGAGUUAGAUGUGCAGGUUCUACCGUACUUUUUGGCAUGCGCCUUUAUUUUUCUGGGGACCUACAGUAAUCCAUCUCAAAAAUUUGCGGGAAAAAAUGGAAUUUUUCAGAAAAAAUCCACGUGGCAUUGAGCAAUUCCAAUUUUAUGAUUUUUUUUUUUUUGAGAUGGAUUACUGUAGGGCCCCGAAAAAAUCCACGUGGCAUUGAAAAAUUCCAAUUUUUGUGCUUUUUUUCAGUUGGAUUACUGUAGGGCCAGAAAAAAUCACACUGUAUUCAAAAUUUUAAUGCCGCGUGGAUUUUUUCGGGGCCCUACAGUAAUCCAUCUCAAAAAAAGCACAAAAUUGGAUUUUUCUGGGCCCUACAGUAAUCCAUCUCGAAAAAAUGCCCAAAAAAUGGAAUUUUUCAAACAAAAAUUCUCAAAUUCCCCCCAAGAAUCGAUUUUUUUGCAGAUUCCUAUCGGAUUUAAUUCUAUGCGGAGUGUUCAACGAAAAAGAGGGUCUUCAAAUUCUCGGCGGUGUUUUGUCAUAUUUGGUGCAAACCGACAAAACCGAGUUCAACAAUGUCGCAUUGCUCAGCUCAAUCUGUCGAUAUUCCGGUUGGCAAAUCGCCGAAAUCAUCCCAAUUCCUCUUGAGGCUUCGGAAACUCGAGAAAUCCCGGAGCUCCCUGAAUCAACUGCUCUGACAUCAACACAAAAACGAAGUUUGCGGGAAUUAUUGAUCGGCUACUAUGAGGCAUUGUUGAAAAUCACUGAAACUGCGUGCACAGCUCGAAAUCGUGCACUAAAAAAGGCGAAAAAGCAGGAGAGAGUGCGUGGAGAUGCGGGAGACGUAGAGAAGCAGGAGUUGGAAGUGACGCAGGCGGUUUUUGAUGCGAGGAAGAAGUUGGUGACGGAAUUGAGUGGAGCGAUUGGAAUUGAGAUGAAGAUGUUGAAAGAGGAAGCGAGUGAUGAUGAAGAAGAUACUGCUGCUAAUAUUGAGGUGAGUUAUUUUUUUUUAAUAUGAGCAAUGCUAGAUUUUUCAUGUUAAAUUUCAGGAAUUUUGAAUUCCAAGAUAUGGCUUCGAAAAAGUUUAAUAUGAGCAAUGCCGGGUUUUUCACGUAAAAAAGUUUAACAUCAGCAAUGCUAGAUUUUUAGCGUAAAAAUUCGUAAAUUUUGAAUUCUGGAUUUUGGCUUCGAAAAAGUUUAACAUGAGCAACGCCAGAUUUUUAGCGUAAAAAAUUGAAUUUUAAAUUUUUUCUCCAAAUCAUAACAUGAGCAAUGUCUUUUUUAGCUUCAAAAAAGUUUAACAUGAGCAAUGCUAGAUUUUUCGCGUAAAAAAUCGUGCAUUUUGAAUUCUCAAUUUUUGGUUUCAAAAAAGUUUAAUAUGAGCAAUGCUAGAUUUUUCACGUAAAAAAUUGAAUUCCGAAUUUUUUCUCCAAAAAUCAUAAUAUGAGCUAUUUAAUUUUUUAGCGAAAAAAAAGUUUAAUAUGAGCAAUGCUGGAUUUUUCACGUGAAAAUUCGUAAAUUUUGAAUUCCAAAUUCUUGGCGCUUAAAAUCAUAAUAUGAGCAACGUCAGAUUUUUCACGUAAAAAAAUUUCUUCUGAAAAAGUUUAAUAUGAGCAAUCUUAGAUUUUUCACGUAAAAAUUCGUAAAUUUUUAAUUCCAAAAUUUUGGCUUCAAAAAAGUUUAAUAUGAGCAAUGCUAGAUUUUCCCCGGAAAAAUUCGUGAAUUUUGAAUUCUAGAUUUUUGCCGCUUGAAAUUAUAACAUGAGCAAUUCUAGAUUUUUUUCCAAAGAAAAAAAAACCGAAUUUUCAAAAAAUCGUUAUUCAUCUCAAAGUUGACGAAAAUUCUCCAUCAAAAAAUGGUUUUGUAGCUAAAAACUUUAAUUUUUCAAUAAAUUCGUAAUUUUACUGGAAAAUUGAAGUUUUUAGCUAGAAAAUCAUUUUUUUGAUCGAGAUUUUUCGUCAACUUUGAGAUGAAUAUCGAUUUUUUUUUGGAAAAUAUCGAAAAAUUAUUUUAUAAUUCAGGAUUUACAAAUUUUUACGUGAAAAAUCGAUUUUUUUGAAAAUCGCGUGUUUUUAAAACGAAAAGUUAGCGUAACUCAUCAUUUUUUGUUGUCAGAUGGGACGCGCUCUAGCCGAAGGCGAAGUUGUAUUAUGGACAGAUGAAGAAACUCGUGCGUUUUAUGAAAAUCUGAUCAAUUUACGUGAUGUUGUACCACAAUCACUUUACAAAGAAUCCGAACAUCGAACGAUUGAAAAAACAAAAACUGUGCAGAAUAUUGAUGAAAUUGAUAUGGAAAAUAUUAAUGAAAAUGAUGAUAAUGAGAUGAAUAAUUCUUCGAAGAAAGAAGUUGAGGAGACAAGGAGAUCGAAAUCGCCGACGAUGGAAAAUAUGACAGGAGGACAGCAGAAUGGUGGAGGAGGAGGAGGUGGAGGACAGCAGAAUCAGUGGCAGGUUUGGAAAUUUUGGAAGGAGAAAAUGGGAAUUUGAAAGAAAAUUUCAUCCAAAAACAUUUUUUUUUGAAAAAAUGUUUCUUUCUGCUACAAAUUUCACAGUUUUUUCCUGAAAAAAAACGAAAUUUUGCAUUUUUUGGGCUGAAAGUGAUGUUUUUUUCCACAAAAAUUGGAGUUUUUUAAUGCCACGUGGAUUUUCUGGGGGCCCUACAGUAAUCCACCUGAAAGUUCCAAAUUUUUUGAAUCGUAAUUAUGAAAAUUCUGAAAAAUUUGGAAAAUUUCAUCCAAAAAACAUGUUUUUUUGAAAAAAAUGUUUCUUUCUGCUACAAAUUUCACAGUUUUUUCCUGAAAAAAACGAAAAUUUGCAUUUUUUGGGCUGAAAGUGAUGUUUUUUUCCACAAAAAAUGGAAUUUUUCAAUGCCACGUGGCAUUUUUCUCGGCCCUACAGUAAUUCACCUGAAAGUUCCAAAUUUUUUGAAUCAUAAUUAUGAAAAUUCUGAAAAAUUUGGAAAAUUUCAUCCAAAAAAAUGUAUUUUUGAAAAAAUUUUCUUUUCUGCUGCAAAUUUCACCGGUUGGAAAUUUCCCGGGGGAGAAAAAUGAAUAAAAAAAAAAUGCUGGAUUACUGUAGGGCCCCCAGAAAAUCCACGUGGCAUUGAAAAUUCCAUUUUUUGGGCAUUUUUUUGAGAUGGAUUACUGUAGGGCCCCCAAAAAUCCAUUUUUUGUGCUUUUUUUGAGAUGGAUUACUGUAGGGCCCCCAAAAAUCCAUUUUUUUGGGCAUUUUUUGAGAUGGAUUACUGUAGGGCCCCAAAAAAUCCACGUGGCAUUGAAAAAUUCCAAUUUUUGUGCUUUUUUUGAGAUGGAUUACUGUAGGUCCCUCAAAAAUCCACGUGGAAUUAAAAUUUUGAAUACUUUGUGAUUUUUUCUGGGCCCUACAGUAAUCCAUCUCAAAAAAUGCCCAAAAAUGGAAUUUUUCAGUGCCACGUGGAUUUUUCCGGGACCUACAGUAAUCCAUUUCGAAAAAAUCAUAAAAAUUGGAAUUUUUCAAUGCCACGUGGAUUUUUUUGGGACCUACAGUAAUCCAAAUCUCAAAAAAUCAUAAAAAUUGGAAUUUUUCAAUGCCACGUGGAUUUUUUCUGGAAAAAUAAAAAAAAAAUUAUGCGGGAUUCAGAUUUUCCAAAAAAAAAUUUUUUUGAAUUUCAGAACUUUGUGCUGGAUCUCGAUCAUCUGGUCAGCAAAUAUUCAGUAGAUCAAGCCGCCAUCAAUUUCGUCUCCAACUUCAACAAAAAAGGGAAUCACAAAAAAUUGAUAAAUCUAAUGGUUAGCCCGCCGGCUUCAAGAUUAGAUUUGAUACCAUUUUAUGCUCGACUUAUCGCAAUUCUCGAAAAUGUUAUGCCUGAUCUCACCACUGAAAUCGUCAAUCAAACACUGGAGAAAUUUCGAGGAUUUAUGCAGAAAAUCGGGGAGAAUGUGAAGAUUGAGGUGAAAUUGGUGACGGUUGCGAUGAUUGCGGAAUUGGUGAGCAUUUUUUGGCGAUUUUCAGCUCAAAAUUUGGGUCCAAAAAAAUUUUAGAACCUCUGAGCCAAGUUCUGGGCUCUUAAAAGUUCAAAAAUUGCCAAAAAUUGGCUCAUAAAAGUUAGUAUAACUCAAUUCUCCAUGAUUUUUGUGAAAAACUUAGUAAAUUGAAUUUUCAGAAAAGUUUUCGAUUUAAAAAAAAAAUAAUGAAUUUUCUGCCGAAUUAUUUUAUCGAAAUUUGGUUCCAGAAACUGAAAAAAUUUAAAUUUCGCCUAGAAAAUUCGAAAAAUUAGCUUUUUGCACAACAUUUCAUGGAUUUUUGGAAGAAAACUAGCUUUUUCAGCUCAAAUUCUCAUUUUCAGCUCAAAUUUUGACUAAAAAAACCAAAAAAAAAUUACGUUUCAAAAUUUUGAUAUAAUUUUUUAUCAAAUAUUUUUUUUUCAAUAAACCUAGCAAUUCGAAUUUGGAAAAUUCUGAAAUUAUUGAUUUUUGGAUCGAAAUUCAUGAAAAUUUCAAGUUUUCAAUAUAAUUAGCUAAAUUCAUAGUUAAAUUUUUCUAGACGAGCCAUUUUUCAGCUUAUUUUUCAGCUUCAUCUUUUUCAGCUAUCAAAUCUUGAAAAUCCACAUUUUUGAUGAAUUUUCAGCUCAAAAUUUGGGUCCAGAAACUGAAAAACUUUGAUUUUCGUCGAGAAAAUUCGAAAAAUCAGCUUUUCAGCUCAAUUUUGGCGAUUUUCAGCUUGAAAUUUGGGUCCAAAAACUGGAAAUUCUCAUUUUCAGCUCAAUUUUUGACUCAAAAAAAAACAAAAAAUUACGUUUCAGAAUUUUUAUAUAAUUUUUUAUCAAAUAUUUUUUUUUUCAAUAAAGAUAGCAAUUGGAAUAUGGAAAAUUCUGAAAUUAUCAAAAUUUGGUUCCAGAAACUGAAAAUCUACGAUUUUUGUUCUGAAAAUUCGAAAAAUCAGCUUUUUCCACAACAUUUCAUGGAUUUUGCCGGAAAAAUAGCUUUUUCAGCUCAAUUUUUGACUCAAAAAAAACCAAAAAAAAAUUACGUUUCAAAAAUUUGAUAUAAUUUUUUAUCAAAUAUUUUUUUUCAAUAGAUUGCUAACAAUUGGUAUUUGGAAAAUUCUGAAAUUUUUGAUUUUUUGGAUCAAAAUUCAUGAAAGUUUCAAGUUUUUAAUUUCGAAAAGAUAAAUUUCUCAAAAUUUGGUUCCAGAAACUGAAAAUCUACGAUUUUUGUUCUGAAAAUUCGAAAAAUUUUGACUCAAAAAAAACCAAAAAAAAAUACGUUUCAAAAUUUUCAUAUAAUUUUUUAUCGAAUAUUUUUUUUCAAUAAGAUGAGUAAUUCGUACUUGGAAAAAUUCAGAAAUUAUUGAUUUUUGGAUCAAAAAAUUUCAAAAAUUCAAAAUUUUCAUGAAAAUUCCAAUAAUUUUUCCAUUUUCCAGAUGAAAUUCGAUGUAAUAAGCCGUGCCGAAGGUUUAAGUUGUCUUCGUCAACUUGUUUAUAAUCUACGUGGACAUUCAGUUGAUAUGACUGCAAUUAUGAUUGAAUUGGGAGGAUAUUAUUUGUAUAGACAUACGGAUAGUCAUUCAAAAAUGAAAAGAUUAUUAGAAGUUGUGAAAGUGAAGAGAGAAAGAAUGAAGGAUAGCCGACAAAUUGUGGGUUUUUUCGAACUUUUUAUCGGGAAAAAUUGAAAAUUUUGGCGUUUUUGGGUGCAGAAAAUCGGAAAAAUUCAUGGAUUUUUGCCAGAAAACUAGUAUUUUUUAGCUCAAUUUUUUCAAAAAUCUAAUUUUUGAGUCAAAAUGUGACCUAAAAAUAAGAAUUUGAGCUGAAAAACUAGUUUUCAGCCAGAAAUCCAUGAAAUGUUGUGCUAAAGCUAAUUUUCUAGACAAAAAUCAAAGCUGAAAAUUCAUGAAAAAUGUAGAUUUUCAAGAAUUUAGAAAAUACAGUAAUCCAAAAAAAUUGAAAUUUUGAGUCCUGGAGUACUGUAGGUUGAAAAUUCGCAAAAAAUUAUGAUUUAAAAAGUUUGAGCUUCUGGGUACUGUAGACUCUAAAAUUCCUAACUUGACUGAAAAUUCUCAAAAAAUUAUGAUCGACAAGAAUUUAAAAAAUACAGUAACCCCAAAAACUAGUUUCCAGGCAAAAAUUCAUGAAAUACUGUGCUAAAGCUAAUUUUUCGAAUUUUUGGAUGAAAAUUGAAGUUUUUCAGUUUCUGGAGCCAAAUUUUGAACUUAAAAUUCAUUAAAAUAUUGAUUUUCAAGCUGAAAAAUGGCUCAUCUAGAAAAAUUCACCUAAAAUUUUACCUUUUCUAAAUUUAAAACUUGAAAUUUUCAUGAAAUUUGAUCCAAAAAUCGAUAAUUUCAGAAUUUUCCAAUAUCGAAUUGCUUUCUUUAUUGAAAAAAAAUAUUUAAUAAAAAAUUAUAUGAAAAUUUUGAAACGUAAUUUUUUUUUUGAUUUUUUUUAGUCAGAAUUUUAGCUGAAAAGCCUAUUUUUCGAAUUUUUUGGAUGAAAAUCGCAAAUUUCCAGUUUCUGUACCCAAAUUUUGAGCUUAAACUUCAUCAAAAAUUCAGAAUUUCAAGUUUUGAUAGCUGAAAAUGAAAAAAAGGACCCAAAAAAUACGAUUUUUUGAGCGAAAUAAUCCUAAGAAAAAUCAAUAAUUCCCAGAUGCUAAUCGAUAAUGCCUAUUUCACAUGUCUUCCACCCGAAGAAUCACAAGAAGAACGUUCCCGCCUUCAAAAAACAUCCGAAAACACUCCCAUCAAACAAUUCAUUCGCCACAUCAUCAUCGACAUCGACGCCGAUUUCAUCGACACAUUUCUGAAGUGUCUUCGAAGAUUGGACUGGUCCGAUCCCGAUGUUUCGAAUUACGCCAUCAAAUAUAUGUCAUCACCCUGGCUGAUCCCCCUGGAGAAUUUGCAGCAUUUGGCAUCGGCGAUAGUUGGUUUAUGCGCACUUUCGCAAUUCAAAUGGAUUGGUAUUGCUGUAAUUGACAAUGUUAUUGAGACAAUUAAAUUGUCUUUGGAAUUUCCGGAGACUUUUAAUCAGUGGGCAAAUUCGGCUAUUAGUUAUCUUGGAGAAUUGUAUAAUUUUGCACUAUGUGAUGAGGAAUUGAUACUGAAAGUAUUGUAUUUGUUGAUAACGCAUCCGGAAACUUCUGAGCAACAAAGUUGGAGAGAUUUGUCGAGAUUGCGGUUGGUUUGUGCUCUGUUGCAAGUGGCUGGGGAAUUUUUGAAAACGAGUGCGGUUGCUGUGAAAUUCCGAUAUUUUAUGAUUUAUUUUGAUCGAUUUUAUUUGGUGAAAAGGGAGAGAUUUGAAGCGGAAGUUGAGAAGGUUUGCGGUUUUUUUGGGGGGAAAUUUGGGCAAAUUUUGAAAAAUUUGACGAAAAAACCUCAUUUUUUGUAUUUUUGGACAAUAUCUAAGCAAAAAUAACCCAAAAAAUUGAAAAAAAGUUUUUUUUUCCUCUGAAAUUUACGUUCAAAUUUGAUUUUCUAAGCCUAAUUUAGAGAAAGUUGAGAAGGUUUGGAUUUUUUUUUGGAAAAAAUUUGAAAAAAAAAAUUUUUUUUUGAGCACUUUCAGUGAUCAAAUUUCGAUGAAAUAAGCAAAAUUCUCUCAAAAACCUCUUUUUUUAAAAACUAUUUUUUGAGAAUUUCAGAGCGAAAUUCAUCUGUUUCAGAUUUCUGAGCGAAAAUUGACGAAAAAAAUUGAAUUUGAACGUAAAUUUUCAGAAAAAUGAGAAAAAACCCGGGUUUUCAGAGCGAAAAUUCUCCCAAAAACGUUAUUUUUCCCGUAUUUUUGACCAAAAAUUAACGAAAAAUUGAAAAAAAAACGUGGCCGUGGCCGAGAAAUUGUCGGAAAUUCGGCCACGCUCUCGAAAAUAAUGAUUUUCGAAGCAUUAGAGCGAGUUUUGGGCUUUGGCCGAAUUCCCAAUAUUUCUAGGCCAUAGCAAAAAGUUCGGCCACGUAAAUUUCAGAAAAAAACGUGGCCGUGGCCGAGAAAUUGUCGGGAACUCGGCCACGCCCUCAAAAAGAAUGGUUUUCCGAGCAUUAGAGCGAGUUUUGGGCUUUGGCCGAAUUCCAGAUAUUUCUAGGCCACCCGAAAUAGUUCGGCCAUGUAAAUUUCAGAAAAAUACGUGGCCGUGGCCGAAAAAUGUCGGAAACUCGGCCACGCCCUCAAAAAGAAUGGUUUUCCGAGCAUUAGAGCGAGUUUUGGGCUCUGGCCGAAUUCCUGAUAUUUCUAGGCCAUCCGAAAUUGUUCGGCCACGUAUUUUUCUGACAAUGUGAAACUAGAGUCUAGUUUUUUUUGUGAAGCUUCAAAUUUUGAAUUUUUCAGCAAAAAUCGAUUCUGGAGCUCUUGAAACCGGAAAAACAACGACACUCCGCUUGCACGAGCGGAGUGUCGUUGUUUUCGCUGAAAAUUCAGCAUUUGAAGCUUCACGAAACUAGACUCUAGUUUUAAGAAGAUAUACGUGGCCGAACUUUUUCGAGUGGCCGAGAAAUGUCGGGAACUCGGCCACAGCAACAAACUCGCUCCAAUGUUUCGAAAAUCAUUAUUUUGGGGCGAGGCCGAAUUCCCGACAUUUCUCGGCCACCGCAAAAAAGUUCGGCCACGUCUGAAAAUCAGAAUUUUUUCGGAUUUCAGUUGGAAAACCUGUGAUUUUUCUGAAAUUUCUGAAAAUUUCCAGCUUGGUUUAAUGGGAGCAAUCGAAGAUGUCGAAAGUUCGAUCAACACAAAAUUCCCGUUCGAAAUCGAAAUCGCCUAUGAAAAUUGCUCGAAAGUGUUGCGACGUGUCAAAUCUGCGAUUCCGCUGAAUUUGGAGGCCGCCAAUUUGGCUGUGCAGAAAAUGGAAAACAAUUUGAGGAAGAGCCUUGAUGUUGAACUUCAACAGUCCGAUUCGCGACGUGGAUCUUUUGAAGAGGCCACCAUUUUUGAGGAGGAUGAAGAGGAAUAUAGGUUGGAUUUUGGGGAGAUUUUCCAAAAAUUGUGAAAUUUCUACUGAAAUUGAAUUAUUUCCAACAAAAAAACACAAAAUCGAGAAUUUUCUACGAUUUUGGAGCCUAUUGCUCAUGUUAUAGAGGAUUUUUUGUCAAAAAUUGAAUACAGGGUGAUAUCCAGGAGGGUCGAUUUGCUAAAAUAUCGAUUUUCCAACCAAAAAUCCACGUUUGUUCAGGAAACUUUUGGUUGAAAAAUCCACAUUUUACCAAUCCUGAUCACCCUGUACUAAAUUUUUGAUAAAAUCUUGUCUAACAUGAGUUAUGGGCUCUUUUUGUGCUCUUUUCGCUUUUCAGAGUGAAAAACUGUACAGAAUACAUUUCAAAUUUUUGAUUUUAUGACGUGGCAAAAAAUAGGAUUUUCCAGAAAAAAAUCGAUAUUUUUCUUACAAAGUUGAACAAAAAGUGCAUUCUUCCAAAAAGCUGAAAAUUCAUCAAAAAUGUAGAUUUUCAAAGCUGAAAAUUAUGAAUUUGGCUUGAAAAAAAGUGCAAAUUUGAGCUGAAUUUUAUAGAAAAAUUGAAGUUUUAACUAGAAAAUUUGGGUCCAGCAACUCAUUUUGCCAAAAACUUCUCGAACAAACGGAAAAAUAGACAUUUUUGUAGCUUUCCCGCACAAAAUUUCAAUGGAUGCUUAUUUCGAGCCAGAAAACUAGUUUUUCAGCUCAAAUUCUUAUUUUCAGCUCAAAUUUUAACUCAAAAAUUCGAAUUUUUCGAAAAAAUCUUGAAUUUUAAAAUAAUUUCCAGCGAUGAAGAUGAAGAGGAAAGCGAUUACGACGAAGAAGAGGAAAAGCUGCGAUUCAGCGAAGAAUUGGCAAAACAGGCGACAAAAGAGGAAGAAGACGAAUUCCAACGAGAAUUGGAUUCGCUGAUGGGAGACGGGUUCAGAAAUCCGACAACCGUUCAAAAUGUGCACGAGAUGUCAUUGCCGGCAGCUGCCAAGAAUCGAUUUGAGCGCAGAAUUAUGUUUUGUGAGUGAUUUUGAGGGGAGGUUCUGGGAAAAUUUGCGGGAAAAUUGGACAAAAAUCGUGAUUUCCAUGUUAAAGGAACAUACAGUAAUACCUGCGUAUCUAACUGGACAUUUUUGUUGUUUUGGACAAUUUUCAAGAAAUUUGACCAUUUUGGACAAAAAUUGUUCAAAAACAUAGAAUUGUGAGAUUAAAGGAACAUACAGUACCAAUUGCGUAUCUAACUGUGAACAUUUUUGUUGUUUUUGGACAAUUUCUUGAAAAUUGUCCAAAAACAAAAAAACAGACAAUUUUUUGUCCAAAACUGCCAGCUUAAAGGAACAUACCGUACCACCUGCUUAUCUAACUGAACAUUUUUGUUGAUUUUGGACAAUUUUUGUCCAAAAACAAAAAAAAUGCCAGACUGAAGGAACAUACAGUAAUACCUGCGUAUCUAACUGAACAUUUCUGUAGUUUUUUGGACAAUUUUUGUCCAAAAACAUCUAAUUGCCAGCUUAAAGGACCAUACAGUACCUACUGCGUAUCUAACCAGUGAUUUUCUGCCCGAGUUAGAUGUGCAGGUACCCAGCUUUUCUGAUGUUUUUGGACAAUUUCUUGAAAAUUUUCUUGAAAAUUGUCCAAAAACACCAAAUUGCCAGAUAAUAGAAACAUACCGUACCACCUGCGUAUCUAACUGAACAUUAUUGUUGAUUUUUUGUCGAAUUUCUUGAAAAUUGUCCAAAAACAAAAAACUAGACGAUUUUCUGUCCAAAACUGCCAGAUUAAAGGAACAUACCGUACCUCUUGCGUAUCUAACUGAACAUUUGUUGUUUUUGUCCAAUUUCUUUAAAAUUGUCCAAAAACACUCACCUGCGUAUCUAACUCGUGGUUUUCUGCCUGAGUUAGAUGUGUAGGUAGCUCUACCGUACUUAAGAGCUCAUUUGAACCUUUUGAAAAACUUGGAACCGUGCCAAAAGCUCAAAAAUUGUGAUUUUCACAGUUUCGGAAUUUUUGGCCAAAAUCAGUAUAAUUUUUGGGUGGUCCCAGCUAAUUUUUUUUCAUUUUUUUUAAAUAUUCCUGGCUUCUCGUUGCCUACGGGCACUAAAGUAAUUUGAGAAGUUGUGAAAAUUGAGAGAAGAAGAAGAAGCUGUGAGAAACAACAACAAUUGACUUUUUUAUACGUUUUGGUGUUAUUUGAUAUAGUCGAAAAUAAGUGUUUCCGUGCAACAUUGACACCCCAAUUAUUGUUUAGACAAAGUGGUUGGAGAUUGUUUUGGUGUCUGGGUUUUGAAGGGGCCUGGAAUUUUGAAUUUUUACUCAAAAAAGUUCUUGACAAGAAAGUACCCCCGGGUUAUGAAAUGGACACGUUAAAAGUAUAAAAAUUGAGAGUAUUGAAAAAAAAAAUUGACGAUAAAUUAUAUCAAAAUUUUGAAACGUAUUUUUUUGUUAAGAAUUUUUGAAUCAAAAUUUGACUCAAAAGUGAUAAGAAUGAGCUCAAAGUUUAUCAAACAAUUUUUUUUUUUCUGAAAAGUCAGUUAAAUUCCGGAUUUUCAAACUCAGAAUCACGUAAAUCUGAAUCAGGACCGAAAAAAAACGUCAUUUUUUCAACACAUCGUGAUUUUUUCUCGAAUUUUCAUGAAAAUUCGGAGUUUUGGACGAUUAAAAAAUAUGUACAAAAAUCUGUAAAUUUGAAAGUCCAAGCUAGUUUUUACACGGUGUUUCACUGUGUGUUUUUUUUUUUUGAGAAAAAAUUAGCUUAACUUAUUUUCUUCCCAGGCUCCAUAGAUCUUGUGAGAACUCUAUAAAUCCAAAGUUUCGCACACAAACUUCAAAAAAUUCCUUUCAGUUUCCCACGAGAAAUCAAGCCCCCACAAGUACAAAAAAAAGCUCAAAAAUCCAGAAUUUAAGAAAAUUCGUCUGAAAAUUCGAAUUUUCAUCAAAAUUGCAAUUUUCCGGGUUAACAAACCGGAAUUUCGCAGAUUUUUGAUGAUUCUGAAGCUUAAAAAUCAGAAAAUUUUCAUCAAAAUUGCAAUUUUCCGGGUUAAAAUCAAUUUCCGAAAUUCAGCAGAUUUUUAUGAUUCUGAAGCUCAAAAUCAAAAAUGAGCAAAUUUUUGCUAACUUUUGAGAGCCCAGAACUUAUCGAUUUUUUUCAAAAUGACGUGUUUUGGGGUCAUAAUUAUCGAUUUCAAAAAUCCCCUCCAAAUUCUCAAUAGAGCGCACUUGCCUAUUUUCAGCAAAAAAAUUCGAAUUUUUCAAGAUCUAUAGAUCUUUUGGCUUGUUUUUCUCACACAAACUUUGAAAAUUUUACACGAGAAAUCAAGCCCCCACAUCAUUUUUUUUCCAAGUACAAAUUUCUCAAAAUCUCAAAAUGGUGUCGAAUUUCAAUCAAAAAAAAUCGUUGACAUGUCCAGGUCCAAAUCCAAAUUGUAACAUGAUAUGACAAGAAAACAAACCCCCAUAUCUUGUUUUUUUUUUUGAUGUUUUCCUCCUCUUUUUUUUUGUUGCACAAUGCUCCAAGAAGAUUUUAUACGAAUUCGAAAAAAGACACAUCUACACACAGAGCAACAAAAAGUUUAUUGAAUUUAUUCGGGGGCAGUAAGCAGGCAACAUUUUUUCACUCUUGUCGAAAAAUGAAAUGAAAUUGGGUUGAAGAGAAGAGAAGAGUGAUUUUUCGGAAAAAAGUGGGAAAAAUGGAAAUUCCCACAAAAAAACACGUCAUUUUGAGAAAAAUCGAUCAAAAAAUGCAUUUUCUAGCUGAAAACUUCAAAUUUUCAAUAAAAUUUUGAAUUUAGCUCGAAAAAAGUGCAAAAAUUAAAGUUUUUAACUAGGAAAUUUGGUCCAGCAACUGCAAAAAAUUUGAUUUUUGGGUCCAGAAAAUCGGAAAAAUUAGGUUUACCACGAAAUUUCAUGAAUUUUUGCCAGAAAACUAGUUUUCCAGCUCAAAUUCCUGAUUUUCAGCACAAAUUUUGACUCCAAAAAUUGGAAUUUUUCAAAAAAUCUUGAAUUUUAAAAGUUUUUAUUGGAAAAAACACGUCAUUUUGAAAAAAAUGCAUUUUGUAGCUGAAAAUUUCAAUUUUUCAAUAAAAUUAUGAAUUUAGCUCAAAUUUGCACUUUUUCCGAGCUAAAUUCAUAAUUUUGUGGAAAAAUUCAAAUUUUUAGCUAGAAAAUCAUUUUUUGAUCGAUUUUUUUGAAAAUUUCGUGUUUUUUUUUUGAGAAAAACUUUCGAAAAAUUCGAAUUUUUGAGUCAAAAUUUGAGCUGAAAAACUAGUUUUCUGACAAAAAUCCAUGAAAUUUUGAGCUAAAGCUAAUUUUUCCCGAUUUUCUGGACAAAAAUCAAAGUUUUUCAAUAAAUUUACGAAUUUAGCUGUGAAAACACGUAAAAAUCCCAAAUUUUCGAGAAUUUUCGGAAAAUGAGCUACCCUAACUUCAAAAAAUUCCCGGCCGAAAUGACAUUUUUCAACACCACAUGUCAUGAAAAAAAAAUUUUUCACUUAAAAAAAACAUUAUCCUAAUGGAAAAUUUUUGAUAAAUGUUGGGCAAUUUUUGUUUUUUUGCAGCUGAUGAUACGAAAGAAGCGAGUUCCUCGAACUCCAAAACACAACAACAAAUCAGAAGAAUUUCGAUGGCGCCAAAAGAAAAUUCGGCGGAAGAAAAUGAGAUGAUUGUUGAGGAUGAGGAGGAGAAAAUGAGAAGGGAAAUCGAGAAGAAUAGUCGAGUUACGAUUAUGAUGAGAGGAAAAGGAAGCAAGGUACAGGAGGGUUUACAGGAGGGUUUGACAGUAGUUUAAUAUGAGCAAUGCCGGAUUUUUUGCCGCAAAAAAUGUGUAAUUUUUGAAUUCGAGUUUUUGGCAGCCAAAAAAGCUCAAUAUGAGCAAUACAAGAUUUUUCAUGGAAAAAUUUUUGAAUUUCAAAUUUUAGCGCCAGAAAUCAUAACAUGAACAAUGUAAUUUUUGACACCAAAAAAGCCGAAUUGUUCACGUGAAAAAUGUGCAAUUUUGCCACGUGGCAGCCAUAGUUUAAUAUGAGCAAUGCCUAAAAAUUCUAUGAAAAUUUUGAAAAUUUUGAGUUCACGACGAUUUUUUUCAAAUUGAGCCCGUGAGCCAAGUUUUAUAAGGCUCAAAAUCAUACUAUUGACCCUAUGAAGUUUAAUAUGAGCAAUACCGGAUUUUUCAUGUGAAAAACUUGAAUUCUUAAUUUUAGCGCCAGAAAUUAUAAAAUGAGCAAUGUCAUUUUUUUGCUUAAAGGACUUUAAUAUGAGCAAUGCCGGAUUUUUCACGUGGAAAAUGUGUAAUUUUUGAAUUCGAAGUUUUGGCGCCAAAAAAGUUUAAUAUGAGCAAUGCCGGAUUUUUCAUGAAAAAAUUUGAAAAUUUGAAUUCUUGAUUUUGUCGCCAUAAAAGUUAAAUAUGAGCAAUGGUUUUUAUCUGCUAAAAUGAGCAGUUGUUGCCACGUGGCAGUCAUAAUUUAAUAUGAGCAAUUAUGCUCUUUUUUCAAAUCCACCUGGCUAAAAUAUAGUUUAACAUGAGCAAUGCCGGAUUUUUCAUGUGAAAAUUUGAAUUCCUCAUUUUAGCGCCAGAAACGUUUAAUAUGAGCAAUGAUUUUUCACCUGCUAAAAUGAGCAAUUUUGCCACGUGGCAGCCAUAAUUUAAUAUGAGCAAUGCCAGAUUUUUCAACUAACUUUUGGCUCAGAGGUCCAAAAAUGAGGCAUUGCUCAUGUUAUAAUUUCUCGCGCCAAAAUUUGAAUUUGGUAGGUCAAAAAUGCGGGAAAAUUUAGCCAUAUUUUUCUCAGAAAAAACAAAUUCCGGCAAUUUUUUAAUUUUUUUCCUUCGGGUGAGAAAAACUGCUCAAAAUUCAGAUUUUUUCAUUUUUGAAUCUCAAAAAAUUCCGGCAAAAUUCAGAAUUCCGAGUUUUUUUCGGGAAUUUUUUCGGGAUUCAAAUGAAAAAAUCUGAAUUUUGAGCAAUUUAGGCUUAAAUUCUAUUAAUAAAUUCUAAAAAAAAUCCAAUUUUCUCAAAUUUUCUCAAAUUUCCUAUGAAAAAACUGCUCAAAAUUCCGGAAAAAUUCAGAAUUCCACGUUUUUGCGUCCCCAAAACAAGAAUAGCAAGUACGCUCCAUUGAAAAAUGCAAUUAGAGCGCGUUUUCUCAAUUUCUUGCAGUUUGCAAAUGCGCUCUAAUGAGAAAUAUAGGAUUUUCAAUGAAAUUUGAAUAAAUUUUUGCCAAAAUGUUUUGAAAAUUCGCCCAAAUUUUGCAGCCUCAACUCAAAACCGUCUCAAUCAAAGACGAAACUUUGCGCGAACGUUGGGAACUGGAAAAAGAACGUGAGAAAAAAGAGCGAGAAGACAUGAAACGGUUGACAUUGGGACAACAGCGAAGAAUUGAGUUGGAAGAGGAAAAAGCAAUGAUGGCACAAAUUAAUAAUUAUCGAAUUAAAGGCGCAGCAGCAACAGGCGGUGUAGCUACUAUGAAGAAGAAAUAUUGA